AUGCCGAUGUACCCUUGGUGGCGUUUCAGGUCUCCCGACUCCUCUUGCCUAACUAGCUCGGAUUCGGGUACGAACUGCACUUCACAUCACCUACAAUGUGUUCAGCUCAAGCUGAGGCCUACAUUGAAAACAUCACAACAGCAAGCCAGAUCAGCUCAAAAAUUUACUUUAAACUUAUGGCCUAGCACAACGCCUCCAUGUAUUAGCGAAGAAGAUUCUCACUCGAAUUUAUGGACUCGGCAACACGAUUUACGAUGCCUAGAAAGUGGUUGGUGGGAGCGAUCUCAAAGGUCUCCAAGAACAGGGAGACCUUCUCCGGUAAUACUGUCAUCAAUGGCCUCGCUACCAAGACCACCACCGCGAUGUCGACUUCCUUCUAUGAAAUUCACCACUCUUCUCCUCUAUGCCACACUUGCACUUAUCUUUCUUUCUUCCCCAACAACUGCGGCGCCCUGGAUCACGCCUCGCGCCGCCAACGAUUCACCACUCCUCUGGCGUCAAGCCAUUCCAGAUAAAACUGGCGAGACUGGCAACAAGCCAGCUUCAGUGAAGGGCCAGCCACCACCACGACCUGUGACUCCUUCCUUAUCCCCCUCUCCAUCCCCUGGUAACCCCCUGCCGCAACCAACUAUCGUCACUACGGGUUCAACGGGGAGCACGAACGCCCCAGAUCAAUUAGGAAACAGUCCUCGACCGCUUCCCACCCCGCUACCCCUUAUGAGUCCUACAUUUCCCCUGAGUGCAGGUGCUAUCGCAGGUAUCGCUGGUGGAGCUGUAGUCCUGAUCUUUGUUGUGAUCUUCAUUGGGGUAUGGGCAUUCCGUCGACGCCGGCGCCUCGACAUCUCAGAGAUCCCCAUUCGACGCUCAAAACUCGGAUCCCGACUCGGAUUCCGCAUAUUCGGUGAUGGGCUUGCUUCUCGUGGUUCCUCGCGACGGGGAAGCAACGACAGUCGCAACAACAGCCAGAACGACAGCACCGAGAAGCAAAUUGAGGUUGGAUGGCUAGACAAGGGAACUAUUGGAAGACCCAAACCUGCCUGGCUAGAGGACGGAUUUCUGAGUGUCCCAAAGCCGGGAUUCUUGGCAGAGAAGAGAAAUGAUGAGGAUUCGGCUCCGUGGGUGGAGAAAUUCGCCAUCAGCGCACCGAGGCCGGCAAGACCGGGGAGUGCAGAGCCUUUGGGAAGGCUGAGCCACAAAGACCCGGUGGCACUUUUGGCGUCGGCAUUAUGUUACGGGUCGUCUCUUUUCACUUUCGGUGAUUCUUCUUCCUCUACGAUAUCCUGA